CCAGAGGAUAUAAAGCCCAGCGCGUGCAUGUUGUGCGUCUGAUGUCAAGAUGACAGAGGUUCAUUCUGAUUCAUUACACUUCUCUAUCGGGAUUCUGGGGAUAUCUGGAGGUUCUUUACUGUUGCUGGUGAAGAACUAUGCAAGCUCCCCAGAUCAUCCGUUCAUUACAGACACAGCUUUAGGAAUCCUGCUUCUGCUGUUUGCUGCUCUUCUGGCUUAUGCUGGUGUAUUACGGAUUCAGUCCCACAGAUCCCUCUUAGCUAGUUUGUGCCUGACAGUGUCAGCCCUGUGGUGCGGUUCAGGUUUAAUUCACAUACUAUCAGGAGAGAAUAUCAUCAGAGGCAGAAAUGUGCUGAGAGAUGCCCUGGUGCCAGGCCUCGCUGCUUUUACCCUGGCACUGCUUGUUAUCUGUGUGGUGGCUGUUGUACAGCAUGAGGUCGUCCUUAUGUUUAUUGCUUUGUCUAUAUGUUUAGCGUGUGGCCACCAAAUCGCCGGUCUGGCAGAUUCGACUUUUGGACAGAAGCCCACUGCUGCUUGCUACUUCAUGGUCUGUGUCGUCUGUGCAUACUUUGGAAGCGGGCGUUUGUUGUCUUAUGUCACAGGGAGAAAGGUUCAGCUACCUGGAAUAGGUUUAUUAAACAAAGAUAGCAGAAAACCAUUACAGAGUCGAGAGGCGAAUGACAUCGCGGCCAUCGGAAUUAUCAUGAACUUGUUGUCGGCUAGCGUGGUAGCUUGUCCUUUGCUCGGUGUGGUGCCGACACUUUUUGCCGGUCACGUGCCGUGGCUGUGGACCGCCGCUGUCUUUCAGCUGGGAGUUUGUGUGAAGAUGUACAGGGCUAUGGAUACCCUUUCAGCCACCUUUUAUGGCUUUACAUCUAUUCUGCGAUUCACAGAGGGUUAUACCGCCCUAGUGGUGGACCAGACAGGCCAGGUACCCUAUUCCUCAGUGCCGUUUCCCGUGGUAUUGUCUGUGCUGUUUUUUAUUCUAGCUGUGUUUAACUUACAAGGGGGAUUAGUGAACACCGUCUACCAACUGUUCUUUGUGGCGUACAGUAUAGCAAUAGCAUGCGAGCCACAAAGCUUCUUUCAAAGGGGGACGCAAGGUGUACAGGCAGCUAUCUUUGUUACUUCUGCCAUUGUGCUCUUCAUAUCCCUUUACAACAUGGCUUCCACAAACAAGAUACCAACAGGUGCAGGUAUAUUUAGGAAGCUGCUGGCCCACAGCAAUCAGUUCGUCCUACACACCCAUGACAAAGAUCUCCACGCUCCCUAUCUAGGCUUUUCUAAAUACGCAGACGCUGAAGUGUUGGGCCACGGUUGCAGUGUCCUGGCUGCUUUUUCAAUUUCAGCCUCUGUUUCUAGCGGACACCCCUUGGCAGUGCUGAUCCUGCCGUGGGCUGUAGUUUCGGGUGGCAUGUUGCACCUGCUGUGUGGUUGUGUGGCCUUUGCUCGGGGCAAGACCCUGGAGAGCACAACUUUUAUCCUUUAUGGUGUCAUGUGGACAGUGUGGGGACUGACACGCUUCGGCGGUUUCUACGGCGACGUCCGCGGUUUCCACUUAGCUGUGGGAAUCAUCAGUUUCAUGCUCUUCAAUGUGUUAGUGACGGCCGGGGCUCUAUUUCUCAACAAGGCGUGGUUCAUCUAUGCCUUCACCUUCCAGCUCAUACUCAUCAGUUUCUUACUGGAUGCAGUAGGCGUGCUGCCCUACGGCUACGAUAUUGGCGUGACGAUUAUUUUCGGGUUGGUCAGCUUCUACAUCUUCUUGGCCAGCAUUUUUAACUGCACCUUCAAGAGUCCACAGCUUCCAUUCGGAGAUCCUUGGAUCAAGCUGAAAGGCUUCGGAGGUGGUAAAGACCUCUGUCCUCAUCUUUCAGCAAGGAAGUCCACAUCUGUUGAACAGAUUGCAGAAAUAAUGAAGAAUGGGGGCAUAUGUGGAAUGCCCACAGACACGGUUUAUGUUCUUGUGGCAGCUUGCAAUCGUCCACAGGCCGUUGAGAAAGCCUAUAAGGUAAAGAAACAGGCUAAGGAGCGUCCCAUGUCCUUAUGGAUUUCCUCCAUAAAUCAGUUGGAGCCCGUCAGACAACAGAUCAGUCCUCUUCUUUGGGACUUCAUGGAAGCAGCCUGGCCAUCCUCCAUUAGUUUAGUUAUAGCGAGAGCUCCAUGGAUGGAAUUCUUUGGUUUGGGCGAGUCAUCAAAAUAUAUUGGCACGGCACAGAGCAUAGCUAUAAGAAAUCCUGAUUGUACAGUUGCUACGCAUCUCAUAAACUCAGUGGGUCCCAUUGCCGUCACAUCCGCCAACCCUACUGGUGAAGCGGACACAACUCAUCAUAACCAGGUUUAUGCAAAACUUGGUGACAAGGUAGAUGGAGUGCUGUGUGAUGGGCCAUCGCCAGAGAAUAUUGCAUCAACAGUAGUAGACUGUACCAAAAUUGAAAGCGGCCAGAUUGGAUUUUUCCGUGUCGGACUGAUUCCUAAAUCCAAGGUUCUUCAGAUCUUUGAGGACAUUCAGAAGCGACAUAGACAAGGUCAGAUAAACGAGGCUUUUGAGACGGACGUGGCAGAUCCUCAGACAGAUGUAUCUGAUAUUAACACAGACUCUGGUCUUGCUCAGAUGACUCCUGCACACUCACAGAGUUCUUCAGACCUCACUGAACAUGACCAGCAGAUGAAUGAGAACGAGAUGGCCAAUCGCUGAUAUCAAUGCUAUUCAUUGUAAUUUUUCAAUAUGUAAAUAGACUGCAUUUAUAUAGCACUUUCACAGACCAAUGGCCAUCCAAAGUGCUUCACAAGUUACCUCACAUUCACACACCAAUGGCAAGUGUCAGCCAUGCAAGGCACCAUCCAGCUCGUCAGGAGCGGCUGGGGUUAGGUGUUUUGCUCAAGAACACCACCACACUUGGUCAGGUGGUGCCAGGGAUUGAACUACCAACCUUCUGGUUUGUAGACAACCUACAUGAACCAAUGAGCCACUGCCGCCCCAAUAUGUGCAUUAUUUUAUAAUGUAUAAUCAGUUUACACAAGCACACACAAUGGAGCAGAAAACAAUGCACUUCAUGUUGAUGAAGGAGCAAAUAUCAACUCAGAACUUUGUUAACCAUGUUAACAUUUUUAUUUUCAUUUUAUUGUAUACAUUUAGUAGUCAAUACACAAUACAAGGACAUGUCAAAAGGAGAUUUUUGUAAAGUACAUUUUUAUUAUUUAUUAUUUUAAGAUGACAAAUUGAUCCAUUAUGUUAGUUGUAAACCCUUUACACAAAGGAUCUAAAUUAUUAAGUUGAUGUGUUUUUAAAUCAUUGUAGCCAUGUAAUUAUAAAAUAUUGAAAAUGAAUCAUUUGAAUCAUUUAAAUGUAUAUAAAUACAACUGAUCUAUAUUAACAUGUCUUCAUCCACUGAAUCCUGAAUGAAUAAAACAUCAUAUUUGGAGACGACAUGAGCUCCACAAAAGUGCUUUAUAAUCAGGUGUGCCCUGUACACUGCUAGGUGUAAGACCCACUUGUGUAACUUUAUAUCAUUUUUGUCCUUCAUCUUAGAGACCACAAUAUAAAAUUAUAAAAAUGGCAGAUUUAUACACAGUAGGUUAACUUAAGAUUUACAAACAUUAUUAGAUUAUAGCAAACUAGUGUUGAUCUGCUUGCUACAUUAAUUAC